GUGGAGGUUUACCUGUAACCUUAUGUGUCUAUAAGGGAAGUUGUAAUAAUUAGAACACAUUGCGUAUUAAUAUUUUUAGUAUAUAAACCAGAAUUUUUCGCUGUAUUAUCACUGAGUUCUCCACCCAGCAAACAUAAUGAAAGCCACACUUGCCGUUGUCUCCGUCUUGGGUCUUUUUGCCCUAAACUGUGUUAGUGCUGAAGGUUACGGCAAUGGAGGUGGAUGGUCCGGGUAUGGUAACCAAGGAUACGGAAUGGGAGGUUACCAAGGAUACGGUAAAUCAGGUGGUUACCAUGGAUACUCCGGAUAUGGAAAGAAGGGAGGUUACGUUGACGAAAUCACACACUACCAACCUCUCCCAGUUUAUGGAGGCGCUAUGGCUGGUCCAUAUGCCGGUGGAUAUGGUGGAGAUUUGACUGGUGGUAUUGGUGGAGGAAUGGACGGUGGUCUGUUCGGACAAGGUGGAGGCCUCCUGAUGUUUUUCGUCUUGCUUCUUCUUUUGAACAACAACAAUGGCAAUGGUUUAUUCGGUCGUUAAACUAAAAACUAGAAGAGUUUAGAAGCCAGUGAUUAUAUGAGAAGCAACUUAAGAUCUUGUGAACUGUAAAUUGACUGUAUACUGUGUAUUGAAAUGAAGAAACAAUUGGAUACUGUUACAAUUCUGAUAAAAAAUGUAAAAUUCAAUGCAUUGUUAUUGUGAAAUUGUGAAACAUGAAAAAUAAAACAUAAAUAUUAA